UUUAAAGGCAUGUACAGAUUCAAUAUAUCCGCACCAGGCGUGGUUUUCUUAAAUGGAGAUCCCAUACCGAAGUAUAACCAAAGUACUAUUGCAGCCGGUUUAAACAUGCGUACCAAGCUUACAUUUUCUUCGUUUUUACCAAACGCAGUUAAAAAGAAUUUUAUCGAACUGAAUUUCCCGGAUAUCCAAUUAUACAUGAAGAUACCUUUACUUGCAUAUCUUCAUCUUUUCGAUAUAAUCAAAUCUAUAAAUAAUGAUUUAAUAAUAUGCAGAGAAGUAAGAAAGUUCCUCAGCACGUUGGUGUACAUUGGCACGUAUAAUUCCGACAAUCGUGAACAUUUCUCAAGUUUACAAGCUUUCUUUUCGUUGCUUGUUUUAAUCGCUCACCGACAUUCUAUCAACAUAACAACAUCUUUUGUCGUGAAAAUUUCAUCAGAACUGCCGAUCGGUGAGGGUCUCGGUAGUUCGGCAUCGUUUUUGGUAUGUCUUGCAGCAUGUUUCUUGCGAUGGUCUUUCUUACAGAAAGGAAUAAGCUCUUAUGAAUUUGAAUCGGAAGAGCGCUUAAGAAUCAUGCAUUACUGUAGCAUUUGCGAAAGAUUUAUAUUCCAUUCUUCGUCGUCAAUCAGCAUUUCUGCAUGCAUUAAAGGUACAAUAGUUAUAUAUGGAAAGACCACAGAAGGGACAUAUGUCGAUUGGAUAUAUCAAGAUUAUCCAAGCAUAAAGAUUUUGUUGGUUUGCUCGAAUGCUAGACGGAAAAUCGUGCAAAACAGAAAAUUUGAUAUAAUCAGACAUUUAUAUUCGUUUAUUCAACCCAUCAUGAAUAUCAUCGACGAAUUAUCGAAAACAUUUGUUGAAAUGUUAUGUGAUUGGAAAAUGGAUCAGGAUACGAGAAAAUUAUUUCAAAAUGUUGAUGAGCUUGAGCCUUCUGAACUAAAGGACCAUUAUGAGAAAUUACUGGUAAAUUUCUUUUGAUAAAUUUCAAUAUUUUUUUGUACAUAUUUAUGUAUUUAUACGUGGUUGCUUCUCAGAAGUUUAUAUACGGAUAUUUAUGUUCUGCUUCUCUGCGAAAAUUUUAAUUAUUUUUUAAC